CACCAUAGCAACAACACACUAACAACGCAUUCGCCCUCUGAGCGAGUCACAUUUGCUUCAAACAUAUUCCAAGCUCUGCCCUCAGAAAUCAUCAGACCCCAUCUUCUUAUCAUCACCAACCGACUACAGAAUCGAAUUGCGUGAAUCAUGACAAAGGGUACCCGCUUCCUUACCCUCGCCAUCCCCGUACUCUUCAUCUACAUCUUGGCCCUCUACCAGAUCAUCCCUGUUCCUCUCCUUUCUUCCCAGUCAGCAGAGGCGGUUCUUCCCGUUCUUCCAUGGUGGCUCCUCGUCUCUUUCGGGUCGUACUCGCUCUCGUCUCUCGGCCUGGGGCUUGUGAAAUUUCACGAUACACCAGAGGCAUACGAGUCAUUACUCGGGGAGAUCUCUCAGGCAAAGAAUGAGCUGAGGAAUGCGGGGGUUGCUGUUGAUUAGAGUGUGAGAUGAAAGGGAGCUGGAU